AUGCUCGGUAUGCAGGAAGAAUUCCACUUGGCUUUAUUCAAGAACACGAAGAAAGAGAAUCUCUUUGCAAAUAGGACAUUUGAUCUAUUUGAUGUUAAGCGAAAGGGUGUCAUUGAUUUUGGUGACUUUGUUAGAUCACUCAAUGUCUUCCACCCGAAUGCCUCAGAAGAAGAGAAGAUCGAUUAUUCAUUUAAGCUUUAUGAUUUACAUGGCACGGGAUUUAUUGAGCGGCAAGAGGUUAAGCAAAUGCUAAUUGCCCUACUGUGUGAGUCAGAAAUGAAGUUGGCUGAUGAAACUAUUGAGAUAAUACUGGAUAAGACUUUUUUGGAAGCGGAUGUCAAUCAGGAUGGAAAGAUAGAUAAAUCAGAAUGGCACAAUUUUGUAUCCCGAAAUUCUUCAUUGUUGAAGAUAAUGACACUUCCAUACUUGAGGGAUAUAACUACAACAUUCCCAAGUUUUGUGUUUAAUUCUGAGGUUGAUGAGAUUGCUACAUAA